GAACAUAACAGAACCCAUGAUGCUUCACCUGAAGGAGAUGCUGUCUAAAUGUGGACUCACAGCCUUCAGUGUUUCAGUUUUCCAUCAUGCUGUUGUCCUGCUACUCCUGACAGACUGCUGUCAAGGUCAGACUCAGGUAGUUGGUCCAUCUCAGCCAAUAAUAGUAAGAGUUGGUGAUGACGUCAUAUUGCCAUGCAAUCUGAAGCCAGCUACCGAUGCUGUUAGUACGACUUUGGAGUGGGCAAGACCUGACCUGAACCCCAGGUUUGUCCAUGUGUGGCAUAAUGGUCAAGACCUCCACGUAAAUCAACAUUCAUCCUACAAAGGAAGAACGUCCCUAUCCAGUGAGAGACUGAAACAUGGAGACAUUUCAUUAAAACUCUCCAAAGUGAAACUCUCUGAUAAUGGACAAUACAGAUGCUUCCUUCCAGAUCUGACUAAAGACUCUACUGUUGAGCUUGUUGUUGGUAAGUGUUCAACUGUGUUUUACUGCCCGCCCAUAACUACUGCAUGCUUCAUAUCUUUACAGUUAUUGCUUUCAUCAGGGGCUGCCUCCUCACCUGCCAUAAGCUUAGCAGGGAUCGACACAUCUAUCAGUGGAGUGGUGUUGCAAUGUGACUCUAAAGGCUGGUAUCCAGAGCCUGAGGUGUUCUGGCUGGACGGUGAGGGAAGCGUCCUCUCUGCUGAACCUACACAGACAGUCAGAGGUCCUGAUGGUCUCUAUACUGUCAGAAGUAGAGUGAUUGUGGAGAAGAGACACAGCAACAGUUUCACCUGUAGACUCCAACAGAACAAGAUCAACCAGACCAGAGAGACACACUUUAUUAUUCCAGAUGAGUUCUGCAUUUCUCCAAGUACUUCUGUUGCCCUUAUCACCAUCAGUUUGGCUUCUUGCGUCAUGUGUGUUUUUGCAGUUGUCUAUGUUGUGUGGAAAUGGAGGCAAAACAAAACUAAAAACAAGAUGAAAGCACAAACAGAAGAACAGCAGCUCAUGGUACAUAAACACGUGGUUGAUACACAGAAGGAACAUGAGCAGCAACUGAAGAACCAGAGAGAUGAACUCAAAUGUCAAAAGGAAAAGCUAGAGACACUGUUGGAGAAGAAAAACUGUCUGUUUCUGACAGUGGAGAAAAAAAUAAAAGAGAAGGAGGAUAAGAGUUUCGCCAGUGCACCAGAAUACUUGGAGCUAAAAGAAAUAAUAUCAGGGUACCAUUGGGGCAUAAAUGACAGAGUGAAUGAUGUUGGUAAACUUGUAACGGACACAGAAAAACUAUUAGCUAAGACAGAGAAUCUGACUAAAAAAACUGAAGAGUAG